AUGAAGCUAACAAAGACCUUGCAACGAGUUGUACAGCUUAAAUUUACGCAAAUGAUCACGAGUGGCUCUAAAGAUUCUGCAGGGUUCAUUGGCUGUCAUUCAUCAAUUAGAGAAUUAGAUGAUUGCCGAACAGAAAAACUCCUUGCCAGUAGAUUUGAAACACAGAAUGUAUCGAGCAGGUCGAUGUCGUCAUUGAAGAAGUUUUUGGAUUACUCUAAAGUCCCUAAAAUAAAUGAGGCAGAUAUUGAGAUACAAUAUGUUAGAGGAAGCGGCCCAGGAGGACAAGCGACUAAUAAAACAAACAACGCAGUUCAAAUCAAACACAAGGAAACAGGUAUAGUAGUUAAAUGUCACCAGACAAGAAGUCAGUGGGACAACCAGAAAAAGGCGAUACAAAUCUUGACAACUAAGUUGGAUAAUUUGAUAAAUGGAGAAAAUUCCAUUGAGGCUCAGAUCAAAUCUAUUCAAUCAAAAAAAUUAGCUAGCAAAGAAAAAAAACGGAGAAGAUUGGAUGAACUAAAAGCAGCUUUCAAAGAGCGUGAAGGACUCAAAUGAUUUAUCAUUUUAACAAAUAGUUAUGUCAAUCAUGAAUUAUGAAUUCUUGUACUCGCCAAACUAUAGCUAAGCAUUGUAGUUGCUCUUAGGUAUUCAAAACAUGAAAAUAAACGUGAUGAAAAAUU